GCCGGGCGGGAGUGCGGCCAGACGGGGCUGGCCGAGCGUAGCGCCCACUGAGGCGGCGGCAGCUGCGGCGGCGGAGCUGUGAGGCGGUGUGGGAGCGAGAGGCCAGGAGCGCGCGGGCCGCGGCCGGGGUCUGGCGGCGGCCUGGCGGAGCAGGGAGGAGCGCCCGCGCCUCGCCGUGCGGAGGAGCCCCGCACACAAUAGCGGCGCGCGCAGCCCGCGCCCUUCCCCCAGAGCGCCCCGCCCCGCGUGCCCAGCGCCCCGCGCCGCCUAGCGCCCCGCGCCGCCUCACCUGCCACCAGGGAGUGGGCGGGCAUUGUUCGCCGCCGCCUCCGCGCGGGGCCAUGGGGGCUGCCGGGCACCCGGGGCCGGGCCUGGCGAGGCCGCCGCGCCGCCGCUGAGACGGGCGCCGCGCUCAGCCCGGCGGCGCAGGUGAGGCCGGCCGCGCCAUGGUGGACCCAGUGGGGUUCGCGGAGGCGUGGAAGGCGCAGUUCCCGGACUCGGAGCCGCCGCGCAUGGAACUGCGCUCAGUGGGCGACAUCGAGCAGGAGCUGGAGCGCUGCAAGGCCUCUAUCCGGCGCCUGGAGCAGGAGGUGAACCAGGAGCGCUUCCGCAUGAUAUACCUGCAGACGCUGCUGGCCAAGGAGAAGAAGAGCUAUGACCGGCAGCGCUGGGGCUUCCGGCGCGCGGCGCAGGGCCCCGACGGCGCCUCCGAGCCCCGAGCGCCCGCGCCUCGCCCGCAGCCCGCGCCCGCUGACGGAGCCGACCCGCCGCCCGCCGAGGAACCCGAGGCCCGGCCGGACGGAGAGGGUUCCCCGGGUAAGGCCAAGCCCGGGGCCGCCCGCAGGCCCGGGGCCAUCGCGUCGGGGGAACGGGACGACCGGGGGCCCCCAGCCAGCGUGGCGGCGCUAAGGUCCAACUUCGAGCGGAUCCGCAAGGGCCAUGGCCAGUCCGGGGCGGACGCCGAGAAGCCCUUCUACGUAAACGUCGAGUUUCACCACGAACGCGGCCUGGUGAAGGUCAACGACAAAGAGGUGUCGGACCGCAUCAGCUCCCUGGGCAGCCAGGCCAUGCAGAUGGAGCGCAAAAAGUCCCAGCACAGCGCGGGCUCGAGCGUGGGGGAUGCAUCCAGGCCCCCUUACCGGGGACGCUGCUCAGAGAGCAGCUGCGGCAUCGACGGCGACUACGAAGACGCCGAGUUGAACCCCCGCUUCCUGAAGGACAACCUGAUCAACGCCAAUGGCGGUAGCAGGCCACCUUGGCCGCCCCUGGAGUACCAGCCCUACCAGAGCAUCUAUGUCGGGGGCAUGAUGGAAGGGGAGGGCAAGGGCCCGCUCCUGCGCAGCCAGAGCACCUCUGAGCAGGAGAAGCGCCUCACCUGGCCCCGCAGGUCCUAUUCCCCUCGGAGCUUUGAGGAUUGCGGAGGCGGCUAUACCCCGGACUGCAGCUCCAACGAGAACCUCACCUCCAGCGAGGAGGACUUCUCCUCCGGCCAGUCCAGCCGCGUGUCCCCAAGCCCCACCACCUACCGCAUGUUCCGGGACAAGAGCCGCUCUCCCUCGCAGAACUCGCAACAGUCCUUCGAGAGCAGCAGUCCCCCCACGCCGCAGUGCCAUAAGCGGCACCGGCACUGCCCGGUUGUCGUGUCCGAGGCCACCAUCGUGGGCGUCCGCAAGACCGGGCAGAUCUGGCCCAACGAUGGAGAGGGCACCUUCCAUGGAGACGCAGAUGGCUCGUUCGGAACACCACCUGGGUACGGCUGCGCUGCAGACCGGGCAGAGGAGCAGCGCCGGCACCAAGACGGGCUGCCCUACAUUGAUGACUCGCCCUCUUCAUCGCCCCACCUCAGCAGCAAGGGCAGGGGCAGCCGGGAUGCGCUGGUCUCAGGAGCCCUGGAGUCCACUAAAGCGAGUGAGCUGGACUUGGAAAAGGGCUUGGAGAUGAGAAAAUGGGUCCUUUCUGGAAUCCUGGCUAGCGAGGAGACUUACCUGAGCCACCUGGAGGCACUGCUGCUGCCCAUGAAGCCUUUGAAAGCCGCCGCCACCACCUCUCAGCCGGUACUGACGAGUCAGCAGAUUGAGACCAUCUUUUUCAAAGUGCCUGAGCUCUACGAGAUCCACAAGGAGUUCUAUGAUGGGCUCUUCCCCCGCGUGCAGCAGUGGAGCCACCAGCAGCGGGUGGGCGACCUCUUCCAGAAGCUGGCCAGCCAGCUGGGUGUAUACCGGGCCUUUGUGGACAACUACGGAGUUGCCAUGGAAAUGGCUGAGAAGUGCUGUCAGGCCAAUGCUCAGUUUGCAGAAAUCUCUGAGAACCUGAGAGCCAGAAGCAACAAAGAUGCCAAGGAUCCAACGACCAAGAACUCUCUAGAAACUCUGCUCUACAAGCCUGUGGACCGUGUGACAAGGAGCACGCUGGUCCUCCAUGACUUACUAAAGCAUACUCCUGCCAGCCACCCCGACCACCCCUUGCUGCAGGACGCCCUCCGCAUCUCACAGAACUUUCUAUCCAGCAUCAACGAGGAGAUCACACCCCGACGGCAGUCCAUGACGGUGAAGAAGGGAGAGCACCGGCAGCUGCUGAAGGACAGCUUCAUGGUGGAGCUGGUGGAGGGGGCCCGCAAGCUGCGCCACGUCUUCCUCUUCACCGACCUGCUUCUCUGCACCAAGCUCAAGAAGCAGAGCGGAGGCAAAACCCAGCAGUAUGACUGCAAAUGGUACAUUCCGCUCACGGAUCUCAGCUUCCAGAUGGUGGACGAAUCGGAGGCAGUGCCCAACAUCCCCCUGGUGCCGGACGAGGAGCUGGACGCUUUGAAGAUCAAGAUCUCCCAGAUCAAGAGUGACAUCCAGAGAGAGAAGAGGGCGAACAAGGGCAGCAAGGCCACGGAGAGGCUGAAGAAGAAGCUGUCGGAGCAGGAGUCGCUGCUGCUGCUCAUGUCGCCCAGCAUGGCCUUCAGGGUGCACAGCCGCAAUGGCAAGAGUUACACGUUCCUGAUCUCCUCUGACUAUGAGCGUGCAGAGUGGAGGGAGAACAUCCGGGAGCAGCAGAAGAAGUGUUUCAAAAGCUUCUCCCUGACAUCUGUGGAGCUGCAGAUGCUGACCAACUCAUGUGUGAAACUCCAGACCGUCCACAGCAUUCCGCUGACCAUCAACAAGGAAGAUGAUGAGUCUCCGGGGCUCUAUGGGUUUCUGAAUGUCAUCGUCCACUCAGCCACUGGAUUUAAGCAGAGUUCAAAUCUGUACUGCACCCUGGAGGUGGAUUCCUUUGGGUAUUUUGUGAAUAAAGCAAAGACGCGCGUCUACAGGGACACAGCUGAGCCAAACUGGAACGAGGAAUUUGAGAUAGAGCUGGAGGGCUCCCAGACCCUGAGGAUACUGUGCUACGAAAAGUGUUACAACAAGACGAAGAUUCCCAAGGAGGACGGCGAGAGCACAGACCGACUCAUGGGGAAGGGCCAGGUCCAACUGGACCCACAGGCCCUGCAGGACAGAGACUGGCAGCGCACCGUCAUCGCCAUGAAUGGGAUUGAAGUAAAGCUCUCGGUCAAGUUCAACAGCAGGGAGUUCAGCUUGAAGAGGAUGCCGUCCCGAAAACAGACAGGGGUCUUCGGAGUCAAGAUUGCUGUGGUCACCAAGUGAGUGGGGAC